AUGCCUGUUGCCCUGGUCUCGGAUUUGAAGAUUGGCGAAAUCAUACUCAUAGCCGACAUAGGCGGCGGAACUGGCGAUUUUGUCCCAUACAGAGUUGUAAAAUGCACCCGGUCUGAUUUCAAGCUGGAGCAAGCCGGCGCGGCAACAGGAUCACUGUGUGGCUCUCAGCUCGUGAACGUCAACUUCCUCACACACUUGGAAAACAAAGCCGGCAAAGACGAUGAUCCGAGCUUGUCAUUCGAUCAGCGCUGUGAGAAUCUCGGGCGCAGCAAGCUUGAUGUCUUUGAGCUUGCGAACAACGGGUUCGAAGCCAUCAAAAAAGAGUUUGUGCCCAGAUCCAUCAUUCCAAGGUAUGUCAAUAUUCCCGGGGUGCCAGGAAAUGCUACAUCCAAGUGGGAGGUUGAGAUCACAAGCAAUUUGAUGACGUACUUCUAUCAGCCGGUCGUCGACGACAUCUUUUCCAACAUCUUGUCGAUGUUGAAAGAGAAUAAGAGCACAAAACAAAUCGUUGUCGUCGGUGGGAUGCGAAAGUCCGAAUUGUUCAUGAGUCAGAUGACUGCCAAGUAUGGCAACAAGUACAAGAUCAAGGGUGAUGUCGGCUUCCAAGAGCGAUCUACUCACGUUGUAGCUCAGGGUGCCCACCUACAUUAUGACAAUAUCGAGACACAGACUCAGGAGCCUGACGGGUAUUUUGGAGUGGCACAAGAUCAGGAAUUCGACGAGGACCUGCACGCAGAUGUCAUCAUUGGUCGCAAUGCGCGCAGGACAAGAUCGCAAAAGCAGAUUUAUUUCUAUCCAAACCAUACCUUCGAGUCCUUCGGGAAGCGAAAGGUCAGACGUCGAUGGUUCCCCAUCAACGAUAAAAAGGAAGCAGUAUGGAAGCGGCUCACCGUACACCCAACAGACGAAUACAUUAGCAGACAAGUAUGGUGGACUAGUCAGAAGAUGAAAGACGGGGACCGAAUGCUGACUGAGGACGGGAAGCAAGUCAUGGAGCACAUCUUGGAAUGGGGGGAUGUUACCCAGCGAUGCCUUGACUGGAAGGCACUCGGCUUCGAAUACUCAUAUUUCGAGAGGAGUAAGCUGGAAUCUAAGCAGGUGAGGGAAGCGGAGAAGGCGAGCAUCGAAGAUGGAGAAUUCGAGCGGGAGGAGAGCGAUGAUGAGGGCAACGAGGACAAUGGCGACUUCGAGAUGGGCCUGUCGAACGGACAUUCGACUAUUCAGACCGCAAAAGACGAAGAAAACGGAGAAGACGAAGCAGAGCCUGUCGUACCGACGCGGAGCCCGGAUGAGAUCUAUGCACUCACGUCAGCCGAGGAAGAAGACAUCGGUGGACCCCCGGAGGUGGAUUUUAUGGAGAUAGAGGCGAACGAAGGCCGCGACGUCGUGGGCUACACAGAUGAUGGGCGAUACGGCGCUUCCAUUGCAGUCUACGUGAUCUGGACGAAGCUCACGAUCGAGCCUCAGGGGGCUAAUGUGAAUGUCAAAUGGUUCGUUGCGAAGCCAGGAGAGGAGCCAUACGACGACGAAGGAAACCCCAAUCCGAGAAUCAUGGACAUUCAAGGUGUGGGGCAUGAGGGUGUUAUUGAGCUUUUAGACACCAAAUUUAGUCCUUAUGCGAGAGACUGA